UAUACACCAACCGCGACGGCUCUGCUCUAUCAUUCCAAGAUGGCGGACCUCCUCGGUUCAAUCCUAAACUCGAUGGAGAAACCUCCAACGGUCGGCGACCAGGAAAGCCGACGAAAGGCCCGAGAGCAAGCAGCAAGGUUCAAGAAGAUGCAGGAAGACGAGAAGAGGAAGAAAGCAGAGUUCAGGAAAAAGAUGGAGAAAGAGGUGUCGGAUUUCAUCCAAGACAGCGCACAACAGAAGAGAAAGUACAAUCCUAUGGGGAAGAUUGAGCGGAGUAUAUUGCAUGAUGUUGCAGAAGUGGCCGGGCUCAUAUCUUUUUCUUUCGGGGAGGAUGAGGAGAGCCGUUACGUCAUGCUGUUCAAGAAGGAGUUUGCUCCGUCGGAUGAGGAACUGGAAGCCUAUCGCAAAGGAGAGGAGUGGGAUCCACAGUUGGCAGAGCAACGGCGCAGACUGAGAGAACAGGCUGCGCUGGAGGAAGCAGCAGCCAGUCAGUCAGAGAAGUCCGAUGCAUGUCCCAACUCCAACUACCGAGACAAAUACAGUCACCUCAUCGGCACAUCAGCUGCAAAGGACGCAGCGCACACACUAGAGGCCAACCGCGCCUAUGGUUGUGUGCCUGUGGCCAACAAGAGGGACACCCGCUCCAUAGAGGAAGCCAUGAAUGAAAUCAGAGCUAAGAAGCGGCAGAAGCGAGAGGACGACACAGGGGCAGGCGCCAGCAGUUCCUGAGUCCCUCCUGUCACUUUCUGUGUGUGCGUGUGUGUGUGUGUACGUGUGGCUGGCUCUGUGUGUGUGUGUGUGUGUGUGUCUGUCAGUCUAUCCACGUAAUGUAACAUUUGUAAAGAGCAUACAAGAAGGCCAUCUGAAAAUUGUUUGUACAGUCUAAUGCUACAGUGCUGUACUGCAGCGUCUUACAGUUAAGACAUUUAACUUAUAUAAUUGGUGUUGAAGCUCAUAUGCGUACCCUCCUCUUACUUAGACUGUGCUUUGGGUCUUUUUUCCUCCAAAUUUUGAAACUAGAGCCAUGAGCAUCUUGUAUAAUUAUUCUCUCAGUAGGACGCUACUUUCUAGGCAUGCAUGAGGCGAGUUGAGGGUUUCCUUCUCAAAGUCCCAAAUAUCUGUUGUCGUUUGUGACCUGCAAUCUGCUGUUCUCUGCGGUCAUUUUACCUGCUGGCCCAGUGGUGGAGGAAACUUGUGAGGCUGCUAAAAGCUUCCAAAAGUCUUUUUCCCAGGAAGCUAACAUGAUAAUUUCAGCUUUGCCUAUUUAAGCUCUAUCAAAUACCAUAUGUCAUAUGUUUCUCACGUAUAUGAGUAGACCAUUUAACAGGACAAAAACAUAUUUUUUAGAAUGGGGCUUGAGGCUGGUGCACUUCCAAUGUUUACCACAGGCAACUCAAAUACAUGUUUUGAAAAAAAUCAAGAAUUUUUAGGAUAUCUGAGGAAAUUUGAACAUUUGGAAUUUCACUGAGACUUUAUAUCUUCAUACAAAGUUUUUUGAGGACAUUUCUUGAAAUUGGUCGAUCAAUGGUGUAUAUGCUGAGGCACAUACACCAUCAUCAGUACCCUCUAUGGUUGAAAAUGAUUGGCAUUUGUUAAUUUUGGGCAUUGGCCAGGCUGACACUAUUAAAACGCUCUGCCCUUUGGCUUCUAUCAAUUUUGGAAAGAAAUGUUUCAGGUUUGGGUUUCCAGGCCCAAACUGAGCCUGUUACCUCGAGUGAAAACUUUCAAAGGCUUUUCAGAACCUGGCCAUUGUUUUUUAUUUUUUUUUUUUUUUUUUUGAAGGGAAAUUCAAGCACCAUCUAUUGACUAGAUUGAGUGUUUUUAUCUUCUCUAAGUAGCUUGUUUGAAAACUUACAAGCAUGUCAGUCAUCUGAUAGAUAGUUCAUCUAUCAUAAGAGGGAUACUGUUUUUUUAAAAAAACAAAAACUAUUUUGUAUAUUUUAACUCUGUGAUUAGGCCUGUAAGUUUCUUAUGCAACUGCACUAUGACUUAAUCUGUUACUCUUAAGUAAAUGCUGUAUUACAGAGCCACACUAAUGGCUUAUAAUAGGAGUCAGAGUGCGCACAUGUUGGACUCGCUGAUGUUGAUGCUGUCAUGUUGUUUUUUAUUUCAUGUCUCCAUUUGUGCUGUCUAAAAGCAACAGUUUGUCGGCAUCUUGAUGUCUUUUUUUUUUUUUUUUGGCGUGGGUGCACUGUUUUAUCCCCCAUGCACAUGUGUAUUAAUAAACGGAGAAGUGUGUAAAGCCUCGGGCUAUAGGUUGCCUACAUUCAUGUAUAGCCUAAUCUGUGCAAUAUUAAAGUGUUAAAAUCUUACCUUA